UGGAGAUGUAAUGCUCUACAUACACAGAUGUACUUGCUUGAGGGGUUAUCCAGAUGGAACCAUAAUAGGUCUCAGCAAGCUCUGGGUAUGAGUGGUACAUCACGUACAAAGAUGUACGUUUGAUGUCCAGUGUGAACGUCCUGAGCAACGGAGUCCUAGGAAGUGGACUUCUUCCAGAGUUUAUACCCCCAGGGAAACCUACCGGAGAAUGUAUUGCUGUGGAAUAUUUGCUAGCGCAGUCUAACCGGGGAGAUCUGCUGAGUGCACAGAAGGAAAUUGGUGCCAUUCCACCAGAGAUGCUGGAUGAAGCUCAGGAGGAUGAAUGUCCUGAUGUGACAGUACCCCAGGCCACUGAUAUAUCUUUUCAGUCUUCAUCUCAGGAAUCUACACUUGAAAGUGGUGUGUUCAGCAGUCCUGCCAGCUCCCCGUUUGAGGACAGUGGGCCCAUCACUUCAACUCUGGAUAGUCGGUGUGAUCCUAGAGGAAUUCCCGGAUGGGAGGCAGUCGAUGCCUUGGCUGGGUAUCUUGUCAGCCUCAAUCGGACAAUAACCGCUCUCUCAAACUCUGAGAUAGUAGAGAUAUUGAGACUGUACUCCAGCCUGGAUCCCAUUGAUAAGUCCCCAACCAAAUACUCCAUGAAAAGUAAGAAAAAGACCUUGUCAGGACCAUGGAGAGCUUCUUGGAAGCGCAGUGGCUCUGCCCCAGGCCAGCAAGCAGCGUGUGUGCGUGUGUGUGUGUUUUAUCUAUUUGCAGAUUGUUCAUGGCCAGGCUGCCCAAAGACCUGAUCUUAACAGGAUUUCUGAGUGUUGCACUCAGACUCUACAAAGAGUUCCGGGAAGCCAGAAAUAGGCCAAAGGACAACAAAGGGCUGCAGGAUCGGCAGAAGAGAACCGACCACGAUUCGUUACUGCAAGGGGUGCAGCUUCCUCAGCAGGUCAAUUUGGCAGAGGAAUCGCUCCUGGAGGCCCGGGACCUACCAUCCGAGCCUGUUCAACGCGCUAAUACAGUUAUGGAGUUCCAGGAACCAGAAAACCGUGAGGGUGAGGCAGUGAUUCGUAAACGUCGCUGUGCCAGAGCGGUGUUUCCCACUGUGCACACAGACACUGGAGCUGGUGCCAGCUCAACCAAUGCAGAUCAGGACUGGCCGAGAGCACAGCACUGGCCUGGGGAUGCUGUCUUCCCUGCUUUGACGGAUGUUGCCUACUGCCAGCAGGGUCAACACUCAGCUCCAGCAUCUCCCUCUCAGGGCUGGUCCCCUUACCAGCCGUCACCUGCUCCAGCGUCUCACUCUCAGGGCUGGUCCCCUUACCAGCCGUCACCUGCUCCAGCGUCUCACUCUCAGGGCUGGUCCCCUUACCAGCCGUCACAGUCACCUGCUCCAGCAACUCACUCUCAGGGCUGGAACACUUACCAGUUGCCACCAGUGCCAGCUUCUCACUCCCAUGGUGGCCAUCAUGAUCAACCGCCACCAGCUCCAACACCUCAACCUCAAGGCGGGCUUCCUUACCAGCCAGUCCCCGCACCACUAGCUUCUCUCAAUCUGUUCCGAGAAUGGAGAUUGCGAAAGGCAACCCUGGAGGAUAAGGAGCGAGAGAUAAGAGGUGAUCCCCCCAAGAAGCGGCAAACUAAAGAAAGCUACCACUAUCAGUGUAAAAUAUGUGGUCAGUCAAAGAGCAAACUUACUGGCCAUACACAGUUAUGGGGGAAAUGGUACUGUCCUGCAUCUGGACAGACCAUCACAGAGUGGAAGAGCUCAUUAUAGAAUACAUAUGUACUGUAUAUAGUUGUUUUUUAUAGUUUUUAUAAUUGUGCUGCACUUUGCUGUUCCAUAACAAGCCCAUACAUUGUUUUUUUUUUUAAAAGAACACACAAAACUCCCAUAAACCGUUAACUGUGUUAACGUAAACAUAGAUAAACAUAACAAGAUAACACAAACACUUUGAAUAGAAAUAACAAACACACACAAAUCUCUUUAUUGGAGAUGUUUGUGUUCUUUAAAAAAAACACACACAUACACCUUUGGUGUUUGUGUUCUUAAAACCAAACAAACACAACUCUUGUGGUGUAACACAUCCAUCCUUUGGGUGGAAGAUCCAGGUGCAAAUCCUGGCAGGAGUGUGCACAAUGUUGGCCUAAUCAGUAUUUAAUUAAAAUUGAAUUUAAAAUAUAUUUUAUUAUUAUCAUCACAAAGAAGCAUGAUUGUUAUUCUUACCAAUUGCCCCAGCUUCAAUCCUAUUUGUAUCUGUUUGGAAGUUAUAUUUGAUGAAUUCAUAGCACUUUAUAAAAGUGUUCGUUAAUUGAGAAAUGUUUCA